UAUUGCAAACAUUCUCAUGCUAUCUGUGUUUAUAACCCUUUGUGAAGUUAAUUGUUGAUCUAUUAAACAUGACUGUUAAACCAGCAGUUAGGCUACCGGUACUCAACAAAACUGCUUUCAUCUGAUUAUUCUGUAGGAAUUUUGAGAGACUAAAACUUCACUUUUGUAGACUGUCAUCUGUGAAGCUCUACUUGUACAUAAAUGGCUGUACUCGAGGGAAUUCUCCAGAUAUCUGGCACAUUCCCUCUGCUGAUUGCGGUGCUGUGGCUGCUGUUUGUCUACCUGCACUUCUCUGGCGGGAGGGGCCCAGAGGAAGGGAAGGAGCCUCCGGGCCCCAAAGCAUUGCCCUUCCUGGGUAACCUGCUGCAGCUGGAUCUGAAGCAACCCUAUAGGACACUUUGUGAGCUCUCCAAGAAGUAUGGGUCCGUCUUUACCAUUCACCUUGGUCCUAAGAAAGUGGUUGUCUUAUCAGGAUACAAGACUGUGAAGCAGGCACUUGUGAACCAUGCAGAGGAGUUUGGAGACAGAGAUAUCACCCCUCUAUUUCAUGAUAUAAACAAAGGGCAUGGGAUCCUGUUUGCCAAUGGAGACAGCUGGAAAGAAAUGCGGCGCUUUGCCCUCACGAACAUGCGGGACUUUGGGAUGGGCAAGAAAGGGAGCGAGGAGAAGAUCAUAGAAGAGACUCAAAGCCUAAAAGAUGUGUUCGAAAAAUUCAACGGUGUGGCAUUUGACACAACACAGCCAGUGAACUACGCCGUCUCCAAUAUCAUCUGUGCCAUUGUGUACGGCAGGAGAUUUGAGUACGACGACCCCAAGUUUAGGGCCAUGGUCAAAAGAGCCAAUGAUAACAUUCGGCUCACAGGCUCUCCUUCAGUACAGCUCUACAAUAUGUUCCCGUGGUUAAAGCCGUGGGUAAGGAACCUGAAACAGAUACUGAUGAACGCUGAGGUCCAUGAGGAGGAGAUGAAGAGGAUCAUCAGAGAUCUCCAGGACACGCUCAACCCUCAGGAGCUGCGAGGCUUCGUCGACUCCUUCCUCGUCCGCAAGCAGAGUGCCGAGGAGUCUGGCCAAAUGGACUCCCUGUUUCACGAGAAGAACCUCAUCUACUGCGUGACCAACCUGUUUGCAGCUGGCACAGACACCAGCGGAACCACUCUGCGCUGGGGGCUGCUGCUCAUGGCCAAGUACCCCCACAUACAGGAGAGAGUCCAUGAGGAGAUUGAUCGGGUGAUUGGUGGACGCCAGCCUACAAUUGGGGACAGGAAGAGCCUGCCCUACACGGACGCCGUGAUCCACGAGAUCCAGAGAGUCGCCAACAUCGUGCCUUUAAGUCUCCCUCACACCACCAGCUGUGAUACUAACUUUCAGGACUUCUUCAUCAAAAAGGGCACCACUGUGAUUCCUCUGCUCACCUCCGUGUUGAGGGAUGAAUCUGAAUGGGAAAAACCUGACACAUUUCACCCAGAACACUUCCUGGACGACCAGGGCCAGUUUGUUAGGAGGGACGCUUUCCUUCCGUUUUCUGCAGGUCGCAGGGCGUGUUUGGGCGAGAGUCUGGCCAGGAUGGAACUCUUCCUCUUCUUCACAACUCUUCUUCAACGCUUCCGUUUCACUCCUCCUCCCGGCGUCUCCGAGGACGAGCUGGACCUCACACCAGUUGUAGGGCUAACCCUCAACCCCUCCCCACACAAGCUGUGUGCAGUUCGGAGAUUUUAAGGGUCAUAGGUGACAACAAGAGAAGGUGCUAUACAAGCUAUAUUAAUGUGUAAAUGAUAAAAUACCAAUAACCAAAUCAUACCAAUUCAUAUUAGCUAUAUAACAUGUCUAUAAUGGUGCUGUAUAUACCUUCAUGUGCUGUGAAUGCAGUUAAAAUGCAUUAAAUAUUACUAUAUACCAUG